GCGGUGGUUGGUCCAAAUAACUGUCAGUCACUUUCAGGCUGGUGGCCAUCCCGCACCGCCGUCCGAGUAGUUGCAGCGCCACCGCCACCGGGAAGAGGUUGGAACCGCCUAGACUUGGCAGUCGCCACCAUGCCCAAGAAUAAAGGUAAAGGAGGUAAAAACAGGCGUAGGGGUAAGAAUGAGAAUGAAUCUGAAAAAAGAGAAUUGGUGUUUAAAGAGGAUGGACAAGAGUAUGCUCAGGUAAUUAAAAUGUUGGGAAAUGGACGAUUAGAAGCUAUGUGUUUUGAUGGUAUGAAGAGAUUAUGUCAUAUCAGAGGAAAACUGAGAAAAAAGGUUUGGAUAAAUACCUCAGACAUUAUAUUGGUCGGUCUUCGAGACUAUCAGGAUAACAAAGCUGAUGUAAUUUUAAAAUACAAUGCAGAUGAAGCUAGAAGUCUGAAGGCAUAUGGCGAGCUUCCAGAACAUGCUAAAAUCAAUGAAACAGAUACGUUUGGUCCUGGAGAUGAUGAUGAAAUCCAGUUUGAUGAUAUUGGAGAUGACGAUGAAGACAUUGAUGAUAUCUAAAUUGAACAUGGUUUCUGAGGAUUGUUCUACAAUUUGGAUUUUGGCUAUCACCUGUUAAAAGAAGACUAAAACAUCAUUUAGUAUGAAUGUAUUUUGUUAAGACAAGCUGAUUUAUUUUCAUUGUUUAAAAGUAUUAUAUUUCUCUAAAAACUGAUUUAGCUGAAUUAUUUAAGUGAAAUUUUAUUGUUUGGAUAUAAUGGAACUUAGGGGGGAAAGACUAUAAUACCUGCUGUUAAACAGUAGAGAGAAACGAAGAAGAAAUGUCUUUUCCACUGUGACUAUUUUAUUCUAGUUAAUAGGUGUUUUGAAUAAAUUGCCUUACCAUCAUAGGUUUUGGUAAACCAUGUUCCAGCUAGUAUGUUAACAGAAUCUUUAUGUAUAUUCGAGUUACCUAGAUGUUCUGUAAGAUUUUUGAUAUAAUUUAAGGAAGGUGGAAGUCCACACUUAAAGUCAAGAAAGGGGGCUAUUUUCAUAUUUACGUAGCCAUAUGUAUUUCAUUCUAAGCUUGAUAACUUACACAUUACUUUCAUCAUUUUAUGUUGCCACCAUCAUAAAAGAAAAAGCAUUUCCAAAUUGCAGUUUUAGGACAUCAGUUUAAAUAACAUUUUUCAAUUUGUAAUGUUAGUAGUUGCAAAAAUUCAGGGCUAGGAAACCUGGUUAUCUUUAUAUUUGAAGUAUUGACAUAUAAGUUGGGAGUGUUUUUACUUAAUAUUUAUAGAAAAUUUUUCAAAUAAGAUAGCUCUGAUUGUGAAAUAAGUAGGAUAUUUCUUAUACAGGAAAGGUUAUGGUAACAUAUGUGAUUUAUUGUCAAAGUCAUGUGCAUUGUAACUCAUAAUUUUGGACUUUAUGAGCAAUUAAAUUACAAUGUAUAAUGAAAAACUAAUUUUAUAAUAACUUCCAUAAAGUAAGUUUUUCUUAAACUAUCCCUUAGCUGGGGUAACGGGAACCACCACUGAGAAAUAUAAUAAAAUGUGUUGUUGAGUGUGUUUUUC